AGGGAGAGUUCCGGGAGGAACAGCGCAACUGCAGCGCUGUAUCAUCCUGCCAGCCAACCAGCCUCCACCCAGAACUCAGCGACUCAGCACCUCCGGCUCCUGAAGAAGAAGCAUUUUUCAGAUACUGCCUUUCAACAUGGCAUCCAUCGGCCUGAAGAUGGUUAACUCCCUCUAUGAGGACGGAGGAGAAGGAAGCCCUUCCAAUCCAGAGAAAUUCAAAGGCCAAGACUUUGAGGAGCUCCGGGAAUCCCUCCUCGCUGAGAAGAAAACGUUUCAGGAUGAAACUUUCCCACCAAACCUGGAUUCUCUGGGAGAGCAGGAUGAUAUCCCAGCAGAGGAGCUUGAAAAGGUGGAGUGGCUCCGCCCCCUUGACCUUAACCCUGAUGCAUCGUUUGUCGUGGAUGGGACUUCAAGAUUUGACUUCAAGCAAGGAGACGUGGGUAAUUGCUGGUUUCUUUCAGCCAUUGGAGCUCUGACUUUUCGUAAGACGCUGAUGGCACAAGUGGUACCUAUGGAUCAAAGCUUCAGGGAAAACUAUGCUGGGAUAUUUCACUUCAGGUUUUGGAGGUUUGGAAAAUGGGUGGAUGUUGUCAUCGAUGACUUGUUGCCAACAAUCGGCAAGGUUCCCCUGUCAGUCUCCUCCACGUCUGAAAAAGAGUACUGGGCCCCCCUGCUGGAGAAAGCAUAUGCAAAGGUUUGUGGAUCUUAUGGAGACAUGAUCGCCGGCAAUCCACCCGAGGCAUUCAAGGAUUUCAGUGGAGGCGUGAGCGUGAGCUGCGAUCUGUCCGAACCCCAGCCUGACCUGUGGGACUUGAUGAACAGGGCCGUGCAGAGCAGAACUAUGAUGGGAUGUGGGACUUUUGCAGGGGAGAAAGGAGAGGAAAUCUCUGCCGAGUUUGGUCUGGUGGAAGGUCACGCCUACGGUGUGACGGGAGUCCUAGUGGUAGAAAGCUGUGAGGAACAAGUGAAACUGGUGAGAGUGUGGAACCCGUGGGGUAUGAAAGAGUGGAAUGGAGACUGGAGUGACAAGUCAAACUUGUGGGAGACAGUGAGCGAUGAGGUCAGGAGCCUGUGUAUGAAAAAGCGCGAUGAUGGAGAGUUCUGGAUGAAGAUGGACGACUUCUGUACCUAUUUUGAAGAGAUGCACAUCUGCUGUGACAGCCCCAACUUUGUGGAUGGUGAUGAAGUCUGUUUGUGGAAUUGUUCAUUAAAAGAAGGUCGCUGGGAGGCUGGGAAGUCUGCUGGAGGACCUGACUACAGCACAGAGGAGUUCUGGACAAACCCACAGUACCGUGUCACCGUGAAGGCCGUGGAGGGAGACAACGAAGGAGACAAGAACGUCUUACUGUCGCUGAUGCAGAAGCCUGAUGAAGAAUAUCGCAGAAAAAUCACAUAUCACUCCAUCGGGUUCAGUGUCUUCCUGGUGCCACCAGAGGCGCCCAAAGGACGUCUUCCGUACUCUCUCUUCAAGGACCAGGAGCCUCUAAUACUCAGUAUGUUUCAUGAGACAAGAGAGCUGAUUGAGUUCUACUGCUUGGAGCUGGGGGAGUACUUGAUCAUUCCCUGUACAUUUGAACCCAACAAGACCUCCAGCUUCAUCAUCACGAUCUACUCCAAGACUGAAGCAGAGAUGGAGUGAAGUCACCCGAGGCACAACCGAUUACAAACAGCUAAUUCUUGUCAGAGUGAUUGAGCUUUUUGACAUAUUGAGCAUUAAAUGGCACUUCUAGCCCUUUGGCUGAUACUGAACUUACUUAAAACCAUAUGUAUGCAAUCCUAAAGGACAAAUAAACCAUUCAUGAAUUCUUUUUUGACAGUAUGAUCCAUAACAUAUUAACAGAAAGAAUUGAAUUAUAUGAUAAUCUACGUAUUUGGUUGAUAUAUCAUGACACUCUAGUCCAAACAGUUGGUGCAACGAGGAGACAGUCGUCUUUCUCUGGUUAAUUUACAGGAUCUGUUGCAGGAUUAUAAUCAUGAAAGAUGCAGCAAAUUGCAGAACACCAUGCAGUUCUUAUUUGCAUUUAGAGUCAAACACAAAUAUUAGCUAUAACACCCAGAAUAAAUCAGAUAAUGUUCCUAAAUUCUAACAGAUUGGAUGGUGAAAAAAUGGAGAGUUAAUGUGGACUCUACCAUGAUCUUUACCUCUGUGAGGCUAAAUUUGUGUACCUUUUUGUUUGUAUCAUGCACAUGCAGGACAAAGCACCUGCAUGCCUUUACAUGCAGGUGAAAUGAGAUGUAUUCUUACUGCCAAUGCUUGACAUUAACCUGCAGUUUGCUGAAGUGCAGCAAUUUUCCAGUUGAGUGCAGGGAAGAGUAUACUGCUCGAGGGUGAACAUAGACAGGAAUGUUUUACACCAUCUAGAAACACUCACGCUCUCCAGAGGAAGGAUAUACAUUUUUUUUUUUACCUCAGUGAUACACCCAUUUGUCAUGAGUUGAUCUUUAGUUUUCAUUUUCCCAUGCCUUGUUUCCUCCCGGUCUGUUUUCUGUAUGAGUUAUCCUUUGUCCUCCUUUUAUUAUUAGUGAUCCACAUCUUGUGUUGUAUUCCUGUGUGUAUUUUCUCAUGUUUCUUAGUCUUGUUUUAAGAAGGAGCACAUUACUCUGAUCCUGGCCUCCCUCCACUGGCUACCUGUGCAUUUCAGAGUCAAUUCUAAGAUUCUGUUAUUUGUUUUUAAAUCUUUAAAUGGUCUGGCCCCGCCUUACCUCUCUGAGCUCCUUCACCCCUACGCUCCUGCUCGGUGCCUCAGGUCAGCUGAUCUGCUGCUUCUGGAGGUAUCGAGGGCAAAACGGAAGCUGAGAGAGGAUAGAGCUUUUUCUGU